UCCGCCUCCUGGGCGUCCUCCGUGGGUCCGAGAGUAGGGAGGGCGUUUGCCGCAGAGACUGUACUGGGGGUCCCAUCCUCCUCGCCCCAGCUCUGCUGGACGCUGGACCUUGCCGGGAACCGUGUGUCCAGGAUGGGGCUGGCUCUGAGGGCGUUUUAAAGGAUUGCUUUUAGAAGCAGGAAGUUUACAGCUGUGUUGCAUCAGCAACACAGUUUGAGGUUUCAGGUGCUCUCUCGGCAGUAACUUUUCUGUUUCUCUGCAAGAGUCUAUGGUAAACCCAGUCCUAACCUCAGUAAUUGUUUUAAUAGGGGGCAGAACAUUUACAUAAGUGGAUUUAACCCCUUUCUGCCCACACCUUAAAAACCUUUGGAUAGAUGUUUUCAAAAACGGAUCACAUGCUUGUGUUUCCGAACUGAGCGCAAACUCGGGAAGACUCAGGAUUACUAUCAAAACGAAUUAUGGCCUGUUAUGAUUCAGUUUUCGAGGUUCAGCUGUUUGUAUACCUCUCCAGAUACCUAAAACCUGAUCACAUUUUUCCUUGAUCAGACUGACUUCCUGGUAUCUAACCAUGCAGCGAAGAUCAAGAGGGAUUAAUACUGGGCUUAUUCUGCUCCUGUCUCAAAUCUUCCACGUUGGGAUCAACAAUAUUCCACCUGUCACCCUAGCAACUUUGGCUCUCAACAUCUGGCUGUUCUUGAGCCCCCUGAAGCCGCUGCACAGCUCCUGCCUCAGCGUGGAGAAGUGUUACCAGUAUAAAGACUGGCAGCGUUUGCUGCUUUCUCCCCUUCACCAUGCCGACGACUGGCAUUUGUACUUCAACAUGGCGUCCAUGCUCUGGAAAGGAAUAAAUCUGGAAAGAAGACUGGGAAGUAGAUGGUUUGCCUAUGUCAUCACCACAUUUUCCCUACUCACUGGGGUGGUGUACCUGCUCCUGCAGUUUGCUCUUGCUGAAUUUAUGGAUGAGCCUGAGUUCAGAAGGAACUGUGCCGUAGGUUUCUCAGGAGUUUUGUUUGCUUUGAAAGUUCUUAACAACCAUUAUUGCCCUGGAGGCUUUGUCAACGUUAUGGGCUUUCCUGUACCCAACAGAUUUGCUUGUUGGGCCGAACUUGUGGCUAUUCAUGUAUUAUCACCAGGGACUUCCUUCGCCGGGCAUCUGGCCGGGAUUCUUGUUGGACUAAUGUACACUCAGGGGCCUCUGAAGAAAAUCAUGGAAGCAUGUGCAGGCAUUUUUCCCUCCAAUACUGGUUAUUCAGGACAGCAGUACUACUUUAAUAGUUCAGGCCAUUCUGGAUAUGAGAAUCAUUAUCCAUAUGGCAGGCCAGGCUACUAUGAAGAAGCACCCAGGAACUACGAUGUGUACACAGCAGGACUGAGUGAGGAGGAACAGCUGGAGAGAGCAUUAAGAGCCAGCCUUUGGGACCGAGGAAAUACCAGACACAGCCCACCACCCUAUGGGUUUCGACUCUCUCCAGAAGAAGAAAUGAGGAGCCAGCGGCUUCACAGAUUCGAUGGCCAGUGAGGUGGCACAGUGUCGGGAAGACGUGGUCUGGUCGUGUAAUUAUUGCCCAUUUGGUUCAUUCCCCAGGCACCUGAUUUGUUUUAAACAAAAGCGGAGAACCCUGUUAUCAUUCCAGAUUACGCACAUCUGCCUUGAACACCAUCCUGUGUCCCUGUGAGUCCAGAUUCACAAGCCAGGUGACUUGUUCUGGAGCCGGGCUCGCUGAAGGCAGCUCACAGCUUCCUGGAAGCGGCCCUCCUUCUGGCCUCCUCCUCUCUCACAGUCACUUCCUCAGCGCAGGGACAGGUGUCCGCGCUCUGUUCUCUCACUGCCGACUCGGCAGUGCCUCUGCUGUGUUUUACUGUUGAAGACUGUGACCUUCACCAGUCAGUAAGCUCAGUCCCUUGUUCUGCCUGGAGUGCCUCAUGCUGGACUUGGCAGGAGGUGAGGACCAUCCCCUUGUCCUCCUGGCACGUUGCCAUGGUGGCUGUCCAGGAACGGGAUGUGGCCACCCUGGCAGUAUGCUGUUCUGUUCCUCCUUCCCCAGGUGCCUCGGCUGCCCGGGCCCCGGCGUCUGGGUGGUGUUUGCAGGGCACUGCUUUGCUCCUGCACUGCCCGCCUUUAUAUGUUAAUAUUAAUAGAAUGUUUUACUGAAAAAGUGUACGAAAGGUGGGGAAGACGCCUACACACUCCAUUAGAUAUCAGGUGGCACCCGCAAUUUAGGUUCAUAGCCACCCCUCCAGUGGCAAUAGGUGCACCCAGGAGAUGGGACUUGUCAUUUAACUAAUGAGCAAAGUAGCAACAGGUGCCACCUAUGGAGUAGAGCAAAGGCAUUCAGUGGAUUGGUCACUAGAAAUUUUUCUUGCAGAAAGUAUUUUUUUUCCUCAUAAAAGUGCCUCUUAAUCGGCCACCGUAACAGCCACCUUUCCUGGCCAAGUGUUCAAAACAUGCCCUGGGUCCUGCAAUGCUAUAAUCCACAUGUUGUCUGUCCAAGUCAUUUGAGGCGUUUCCUGGUGCUUAUGUUUCAUGAAUAAAAGGGCAAAGUCAAAACAUGACUGAUAUCUUAUUGUCACAGAGAUAUUUAUUUUUAAAGAGAUUUAGAAACAGAAAAAAAUCUUCCUUUUAAAAUUUAUCUACCAUUUACAUAUCAUUUUCUGACUAUGAAAGCAAUAGAUAUGCCUUCUGUACGCAUAAAGCAAACAUCUGGAAGGAAAUACACCCA